GCUGCCACACCAGGAGCAACCUCCCGUACCUCAGCCCACCCCUUCACUGAUUUCUAAAAGAUUCCCUGGCUUGACACACCUGGUCUCUCAUCUCAUCCCUCCGUCCCAGAAAGUGGAAUCCAGAAGCUUCGUUUUAUAGAGUGGCUUAAGCAUCCUAGCGAGGCUUUGAAGAAUUCCAGAAUGUGCCCAUGAAAGUGGAUCUGAAUAGCAACUGAGCCAUUCAUUCGACAAACACACAUGAACUGUCUGUCUACUGAGUGGCCUGGGCAAGGCUCUGGAGAUAAACAACACGCAAAGUGGCACUCCUGCUCUCUUGAAGUUCUAUCCUAACAGUGAUGGACAGACACUGACAUAUAAUUACAAAGGCUGAUUGGUGUCAGGAAUCCGUCACCGACAAGAUGAAUCCGAAGGAAGAUAAAGUGAAAAUAAUUUCAGAAGACUUCACUGGAGAUGGUGUGGAUGCAGAGACAGGAAGACAGAAGAAUUCAAAGGUCCGAAGACAACAGAGAAAGAAAAAGCCACCCAGCACUCCCCCAGAGGAAAUGGUGUCAGACAAAUUCCAAGAUGGUGGGCAGCAGGAAGUGGUGGAGGAAGAGCCUGAAGCCAAUCUCCUGAGCUUGACAGCCCGUCAGGGCCCCCGAAGCUUACCUCCCAUCCCUUCAGCUUCCAGAACUGGCUUUGCGGAAUUUUCCAUGAGGGAACGCAUGAGGGAGAAGCUUCAGGCUGCAAGGUCCAAGGCAGAAAGUGCAUUGUUGCGGGAUGCCCCUACCCCUAAGCCCCGACGCCUGCGUAGUCCCAGAGAGAGGGAAACAGAGACUGAAUUUGGCACAGAGCCAAGUACAGAGGUGCAAGGCACUCAACAAGAAGCCGACACCAGGAGUUAUUCCAGAAUUAAGUUCCAUGAUUCUGUACGAAAAAUCAAGUCAAAAUCCCAGUCCCCUCCUGGUUUCCCAUCUGCAGAAGAGGCCUAUAAUUUCUUUACUUUCAACUUUGAUCCUGAGCCAGAGGAAUCAGAGGAAAACCCACCAGUGAAAGGUGGAGAUAGAGCUCAUCAAGAGGAACAAGAAGGAGAAGAAGGAGCACAGGCUCAAGAGAGAGCAAAGAAAACGGAAGAGGAAGAGCUACUUAAUGGUAAGGAUGCCGAAGACUUCCUGUUGGGCUUAGAUCCCACAGCCCAUGACUUCGUGGCCAUCAGGGCUGCAGAGUACAAGAGUGCCCACAUUCAGCUGCAGAAGGAAAGAGAAAUCCUCUUCACGCCUAGCCGGCUGGCAGUGCCGACCUAUAAAAAGCUUCCUGAGAAUAUACAGCCCAGAUUCCUGGAAGAUGAAGGUCUCUACAUCGGGGCAAGGCCAGAGGUGGCGCGCACCAAUGAGAACAUCAUGGAGAACCGACUGCUGAUACAGGAGCCUGGAAGGAAGUGGUUUGGAGAUGAUGGCAGAAUCCUGGCACUGCCCAGCCCCAUCAAGCCAUUUCCCUCAAGGCCAUCACUGUCCACACAGGUGCAAAGCCCCAAGGCCGAACUGGAGACUUUUUAUAAGAAGGCGGAGAAGUAUGUCCACAGUAGACAGCAUAUGAUCGGAUCUGGAGACCCUCCAGGAAAUUUCCAACUGGACAUCGAUAUUUCAGGCUUACUCUUCACUCAUCAUCCCUGUUUUAGCCGAGAGCACGUCUUGGCAUCCAGGCUGGCCCAGUUGUAUGACCAGUACCUUGCAAGACAGCAAAGAAACAAGACAAAAUUUCUUACAGAUAAGCUUCAAGCACUAAGAAAAGCUGUUCAGACCAGUCUUAACCCAGAGAAACCUCAUCAGUCUCUUGACACGACCCAGAAAACCAUCAACGAGUAUAAAUCUGAAAUUCGGCAGACUCGAAAGCUGCGCGAUGCUGAACAAGAGAAAGAUCGAACACUGCUGAAGAGCAUCAUAAAGGUCUGGAAAGAGAUGAAGUCACUACGGGAGUUCCAGAGGUUUACGAACACGCCGCUGAAGCUCGUCCUGAGAAAGGAAAAAGUUGACCAGAAACUGGAUGAGGACGCGUAUGAAGAGGAGAUUCAGGCUGAGAUCCGUGAACUGCUGGAGGAGCACAUGGAAGAACAUGCGACCAAGAUGGAAGAGUACAGAGCUUCUCACCAGCAGUGGAAGGCCUGGAGGAGAGCCCAGAGGGCCAAAAAGAAGAAAAAGAAGCAAACAGAGGAACAGCCUGUGGAGGAGGAGGAGGCUGAGGAGCCCUUUCCUGAGGAAGAGGUUAAGAAGCCCAUCCCCCCGGAGCCCACUGACCCAGCUGUCAUAGAGCAGCAGGUGCGGGAGAGAGUAGCCCUCAGCAGGAGGAGGCCAGGGGAGCCCACACUCAUUCCAGAGUUGAGUCUGGCAGGGAAUGUGACCCCCAAUGACCAGUGUCCCAGGGUGGAGGUCUCCAGAAGGGAAGACGUCAGGAGGCGCUCUGUGUACUUAAAGGUGGUCUUCAACAGCAAAGAGGUGUCGAGGACUGUUAGCCGGCCUCUAGGGGCAGAUUUCCGAGUUCACUUUGGACAGAUUUUCAACCUGCAAAUAUUCAACUGGCCAGAGAGUUUAAUGCUUCAGGUCUAUGAAACGAUUGGUCACAGUGGUACUACCUUACUAGCCGAGGUCUUCCUGCCUAUCCCUGAGACUACCCUUGUCACAGGAAGGGCCCCCAUAGAAGAGGUGGAGUUCAGCAGUAACCAGCAUGUGACAUUAGACCACGAGGGAGUUGGAAGUGGGGUGCCCUUCUCCUUUGAAGCCGAUGGCAGCAAUCAACUGACUCUAAUGACGUCAGGCAAAGUGUCCCACAGUGUGGCGUGGGCCGUUGGAGAAAAUGGGAUUCCUUUAAUUCCUCCACUGUCACAGCAGAAUAUUGGAUUUCGAAGUGCUUUGAAGAGAGCAGAUGCCAUCUCAUCCAUUGGCACAUCAGGGCUGACGGACAUGAAGAAGUUGGCCAAGUGGGCAGCAGAGUCCAAGCUUGACCCCAACGAUCCCAACCACGCCCCGUUGAUGCAGCUGAUCUCGAUUGCUACCAGUGGUGAAUCCUACAUCCCUGACUUCUUCCGACUGGAGCAGCUGCAGCAGGAAUUCAACUUUGUUUCAGAGGAGGAAUUAAACAGAUCCAAACGUUUCCGACUUCUCCAUCUUAGAAGCCAAGAGGUUCCAGAAUUCAGGAAUUAUAAACAAGUUCCAAUAUAUGACCGAGAAAUUACAGAAAAGGUAUUCCAGGACUAUGAGAAACGAUUACAAGACAGAAAUGUAAUUGAAACCAAGGACUACCUGGACACGCACAGAGCCACAGUGGCCAAGUAUCUUCAGCAAGUUAGAGAAUCAGUGGUAAAUCGCUUCCUAACUGCCAAACACCAUUUUCUUCUUACUGAUUUGGUAGUAGAAGAAGAAGUCCCCAAUAUCAGCAUUUUGGGCCUAAGCCUUUUCAAGCUGGCAGAACAAAAGCGACCCCUGAGGCCACGGAGGAAAGGUCGGAAGAAGGUGACAGCCCAAAACCUGUCCGAUGGCGACAUAAAGCUGCUGGUGAACAUUAUCCGGGCUUAUGACAUCCCUGUAAGGAAACCUGUGGUGAGCAAGUUCCAGCAGCCAUCGAGAUCUUCAAGAACUUUCACUGAAAAGCAAACUGCUUCUCCUAGCACACACAGCCCACUGCACAACGCUGACUACCCCCUCGGCCAGGUCUUAGUCCGGCCUUUUGUAGAGGUCUCUUUUCAAAGAACAAUUUGCCACACAACUACAGCUGAAGGACCAAACCCCAGCUGGAACGAAGAACUUGAACUUCCGUUCAGGGCCCCAAAUGGCGACUACAGCACAACCAGCUUACAGUCGGUGAAGGAUAAUGUGUACAUUAACAUUUUUGAUGAAGUGCUGUAUGACGUCCUAGAGGAUGACCGUGAGAGAGGAAGUGGGAUCCACACCCGUAUUGAGAGACACUGGUUAGGAUGUGUGAAAAUCCCAUUUAGCACUAUCUAUUUCCAAGCAAGGAUUGAUGGCACAUUUAAAAUAGACAUCCCUCCAGUCCUCCUGGGCUACAGUAAGGAGCGCAACAUUAUUAUGGAGCGAGCCUUUGAUUCCGCCCGAAGCUUGAGUGAGGGCUCCUACAUCACCCUGUUUAUUACCAUUGAGCCUCAACUGGUUCCUGGGGAGCCCAUUCGAGAGAAGUUUGAUACCCAGGAAGAUGAGAAAUUACUUCAAGCAACUGAGAAAUUUCACACUGAAUGUACCUUAAAAUUCCCCCGUCGUCAAUGCCUCACAACAGUGACUGACAUGAACGGGAAAACAGUUUUUAUUACGCGUUAUCUCAAGCCUUUAAACCCUCCACAGGAGCUCCUUACUGUCUACCCCAACAACCCACAGGCCACUGCGGAGCUGGUAGCUCGGUAUGUGUCCUUGAUCCCUUUCUUGCCUGACAGCGUUUCAUUUGCUGGAGUCUGUGACCUGUGGAGCACAUCUGAUCAAUUCCUUGAUGUCCUGGCAGGGGACGAAGAAGAGCAUGCAGUACUGCUAUGCAAUUACUUUCUGUUUCUGGGAAAGAAAGCUUGGCUGGUGAUGGGCACUGCGAUUCCUGAGGGUCCAACUGCCUAUGUGCUAACUUGGGAGAAAAAUUACUACUUAAUAUGGAAUCCCUGCAGUGGACAUUGUUAUGGACAGUUUGAUGCAUUCUGCCCCUUGAAAAGUGUGGGCUGUUUAAUUGGUCCUGAUAAUAUUUGGUUUAAUAUUCAACACCAUGAUUCGCCACUCAGGAUAAAUUUUGAUGUCACAAAGCCCAAACUAUGGAAACCUUUUUUUUCACGAAGCCUUCCAUAUCCUGGUCUGUCCAGUGUUCAGCCUGAAGAGCUAAUUUAUCAACACACAGACAAAGCAGCCACUGCUGAACUACAAGACAGGAUUGAGAAAAUCCUAAAAGAAAAACUCAUGGACUGGAGGCCACGCCACCUGACCCGAUGGAACAGGUACUGCACGUCCACCCUGCGCCACUUCUUGCCUCUGCUGGAAAAAAGUCAGGGAGAAGAUCUAGAAGACGACCACCGGGCGGCGCUGCUGAGGCAGCUGGGGGACUACAGGUUCUCUGGAUUUCCUCUUCACAUGCCUUACUCUGAGGUGAAGCCUUUGAUUGAAGCUGUGUACAGCACUGGAGUGCAUAACACUGACCUUCCUAAUGUUGAGUUUGCUUUAGCUGUAUAUAUCCACCCUUAUCCCAAAAACGUUUUGUCUGUUUGGAUCUAUGUUGCUUCUCUUGUACGGAACAGGUAAUUUUUUGAUGUGCUUUUUAUAUCACAUAAAGAGUAUUGGUAUGUACAUUUUAAAUUAUAAUAGAAUCAAAAGAAAAUAUUAUUUUGAAGUUAUGAAAUAAAAUUACCAUCUGUAUAAAA